ACUAAUGUUGUGUGAGUGUGUAACGUUCCAAAGGGUUGGGUUGGCGUGUCAAAAACCGGUGCCCUUUUCCUUCUGCAACGUCCAUUUGACCUCUUGCUUAAAACCCCAUUUCCUUAUCUCACCACAACAACCCAACUCAAUGACCUAAGCUGAGCUGAGGUUACCUCUCUCUACUCUGCUUCUCUCAGAAAAAACCCAGCUAGCUCCAGCAAUCGAGUGUUGGAAAUGCUGCCGAGGCUCAAUGGGGUUGUUUGGAUGGAGGACAGGGAGGACAGAGACGCCGGCGAGUGGGCCAGAACCGCCGCGGCGGCCGGCGCAGGGAACAGCAAGGACGAGAUGGGUUCUCUGUCGAAUUUCAAAUCCAUGCUGGAGGUUGAAGACGAGUGGACGUACAUGAACAACAAUGGCAUUCAGGGCCAUUCUGACGUCAGAGACUUGACGUUCUCGCCCAGCUUUGCUGACCCAGAAAGCUUGCUGCUCAACCAAGUGGACUCUUCGUCUUCUUGUUCUCCAUCUUCCUCUGUUUUCAACAACCUCGACCCGUCUCAGGUUCACUACUACCUGCCUCAGAACCCAUCGUUGUCUUCUCUGCUCAAUGCUGUGCCUAACAACCCUCUGGACCAUGGCUUUGAUUUGGGCUGUGAAAUUGGGUUUCUUGACAACCAAGGCUCCGGUGGUGGUUCGAGUUUGAUGAACAGGGGAGGUGGGGUUUUAACCGGGUUCAAUGAUUUGAGCUCCAACACCCACAUGCAGGCUCAGAAUCUGUGCUCCAAUUUGCAAUUCUCAACCACCCGUUUGCCUCAUUUGCUUGAGAAUGGUAAUAAUUUUUCGGGUUUUCGGGGUGUUGAUGAUACUUCAGGCAAUGCUUUGUUUAGCAAUAGGUCUAAAAUGUUGAGACCCCUCCAGCCCUUAUCUUCUGUGGGAGCACAGCCGACUCUUUUUCAGAAAAGGGCGGCGCUGCGGAAGAAUUUGGGUGGACUGGGAUCCGAGGGGGGACUGGUCUUGAGUAACUAUGAAGGGGAUAAGGGGAAGAGGGACAUGGGGGAAGAGAAUGAGAAGAAGAGGAAGUUUAGUGGUGGAGAUGAUGGCGAAGAUUUGAGUUUCGAUGGCUCGGGUUUGAACUAUGAUUCAGAUGAGUUUACUGAGAAUACUAAGAUGGAUGAGAAUGCCAAGAAUGGUGGCAAUAGCUCCAAUGCUAAUAGUACUGUUACUGGUGGGGAGCACAAGGGGAAGAAGAAAGGGUUGCCUGCUAAGAAUCUGAUGGCUGAGAGGCGCCGCCGGAAGAAGCUCAAUGAUCGGCUGUAUAUGCUGAGAUCUGUUGUUCCAAAGAUCAGCAAAAUGGAUAGGGCUUCUAUCCUUGGGGAUGCAAUUGAGUACUUGAAAGAACUUCUGCAGAGGAUCAACAACCUCCAUAACGAAUUGGAGUCGCUCCCUCCCGGGUCUGCAUUGACACCUACCGCAAGUACUUUUCAUCCUUUGACACCCACUCCACCUACUCUGCCUAGCCGUAUUAAGGAAGAGCUUUGCCCCAGCUUACCUAGCCCGAAUGGCCAACCUGCAAGGGUUGAAGUAAGGCUACGAGAAGGCAGAGCUGUGAACAUCCACAUGUUCUGUGGCAGAAGACCUGGUCUCUUGCUCUCCACUAUGAGGGCUGUAGAUAAUCUUGGUUUAGACAUCCAGCAAGCCGUCAUUAGCUGCUUCAAUGGGUUUGCCAUGGAUAUAUUCCGGGCUGAGCAAUGCAAGGAAGGUCAAGACGUCCACCCUGAGCAUAUAAAGGCAGUACUCUUGGAUUCAGCUGGGUUCCAUGGCAUGAUAUAGGUUGCAGCAGAACAACAAACUGAAGUUGCUUUACCAAGAUAGGAGAGGAGUCGUGCAAUUUCUCCACCAUGUUUUGCUAGCCAAAGCUCAACUGUGCCAUCAUCACAUUUUAAUUUAGCAGCUAUCGAAGAAACUUUGUAGGUUUGCUUUGUAUCAUGGAAAUUCAGGUUCUUGGUGCCACUGCCACCUGAAUUGAGUGAAAGUUUGUAAUUCUGAGCCUUUUCUUCAGGUUCUUAAUAAAGUGUUUCUUUAGAACUAUUGUGUUA